AUGAACAACAACCACCAUGAUGAUGAUGACAACUUGAAUGGCACGAGAGCCAGUCAAGAUGAGGAAGAGAAGGGAGAGGAAGAGAAGGAGGACGGCGGCCAAACGCCGGCUUCCCCAAGCAGACCUCUUGACAGCUCCGGUACCAAGAACCGUGCCAUUGACGCAAAAGCACCGUCGUCGUCAAGCUGUGUGCCAACCAAUCCUGAAAGCACAGGCAAAAAGGAACAACAUGGUCUAUCUACUAGUAGCACUCUGAAAUCUCCUCGGGCGAAGCAAACAGUCUUGACCGCGACAACUACUACAUGUAAAUCCAGUGUCCCAGGAGCUAUAGCAGUUAUGGCUCAACCAACGACCAACCGAGGGCUUUCCAAGAAGACACGUGGGUCCCCAAAGUCAGAACAACAAGAUGCCGGUGAUGCUUCUACUGCACAAGGGGCCAUCCGCUCUACCACCAACAGAGGACUGUCCAAAAAGACUUCCACCAAACCACAAGCCAGGGUGGUGACGCCCAAUAGUGAUACCGGUACUAUCAUGGGCCCAAGUACCAAUAGAGGACUGUCCAAGGCCGGCACAAAGGCAAAUACUGCAGGGCAAUCUGGCGGUGCUGGAACAAAGGCAAGGCCAACCACCAUCUCCUCCUACCAACAACAUGUCCCAAGUACCACGGACAGUGAUGAGGAUGUACUUCCCGGUGCCUAUGCGCUACAACAAGUGUGCGCACCCUUGUGGGAUAUCCAAGAGACUAAUGGCUUAGAAGAAGAAGAAGAACAAGCCGUACAAUCGAUAGAGUUUCUAGUGGAAAACGAGAUUGACGUGGAUGAAUUCAUUGCGGAACUCAACAACAAUGGCAAUGGGGAACCAGAUGAUUGCGACAGCGGACUGGUAGCUGCCAGACCUGUUAUGGAGCAAUCAUUAGCUUUCGCAGAACCUGUGGACCUUGAGGCUCUGCAAGAAAUCCAAGAGAGUCAACAAGAGACAAGGAGAAAACGAAGCGUCUUCCAUGCAUGUGUGUUGGUGAUUGGAUUUCUGGUCUUGAUGACCAUAGUUGUGGUGGUGAUCUUUCUUGUUGGUUCUGGAGAGAGUUCCAACACCCAAAUCAAGGUUGAAAGCACAAGUGGGAGCAGCAACAUCACGACAGAAGACGCUUCCCCUCUAGAGUCAACAAGUCCCUUGAUGGCGUUGCUGCCAAAUUCCACUCAAGCCAUCAUUUCAGCCAGUCUGGAAGCAAAUGUUACAACACCACGAUUGCAGGCCUACCUGUGGAUGCAGAAUGAUCCCAUGAUUUCAAACUACUCCGAUGCACGGCUACUUCAACGGUUUGCUCUUGCUACGUUCUACUAUGCCACCAACGGAGAGGGUUGGAAUUCAAGACGUGGUUCUGAACAAGACGUUUAUAGUGGCAGAGGACCUGGGGGAGGACAGUGUAAAAGGGAUGGCUCAACUCAACAGGAUGUGUAUCAUCCACCUCAUGGAGGUGGCGUUGGUCCACCCGGAGGAGAAGGUCCAAGACCACCGCCUCCGGGAGGUGCUCUGAUUGAAGGUCUGUCACCUCCCCCACGUCCUCCAUCUGCCAAUGCAACUCCCCCUCGAUUUUUUGAUUGGUUGUCAUAUUUCACACAUGAAUGCAAUUGGUUCAGCAAGGCGCCUUUUCCUGAAGCAGUCUGCAAUGAAGAGCGUGAAUACAGAGAGUUGACAUUGCUUAGGAAUGGACUCAGUGGUUCCAUACCUCUCGAACUUGCACUCUUGACUUCGCUGCAGGUGUUACGACUUGGAGAGAACUGUCUUACAGGGACCAUCCCCCCUACCUUGUGGCAAGUCUCCUCUUUGGUAAUGCUGGAACUGAAUCAGAACACUUUGACAGGAUCAUUGCAACCUGAUCACCUGGAAGCAAUGCACCGUCACAUGAUUUCCUUAGAUGUUGGCGUUAACCAACUCCAAGGAACAUUGCCCUCGGAACUUGGUUUGCUCUCUGCCUGUGCAAGACUUUUCCUAAACGACAAUGGCUUCUCCGGAACGAUUCCAUCAGAUCUUGCGCAAAUGACCCAGAUGCAGUUUUUUUCGUUGGGAGCCACUGAGAUAUCUGGAUCAAUCCCCCCUGAUCUCUUGUCCAGUUGGCGCAACCUGAAAGUUCUUUUGAUUGGUGGGAACAACUUGUCAGGUUCCAUCCCGCAAGAAGUUUGCUCGAUUGAUGUGCUAGAAUUUGACUGCGCUGUUAGUCUCUGUGGCUGCCACUGUGAAUGCAACAGCACCAGCAGAGAGUAA